AUGGGGGGCGAGGGACUCACGCGGAUGGCGCUGGAGCUGCAUCUGGCCACGCCAGGAGCAGUAGUAGCAGUAGAAAGAGCAGUAGUAGCAAGAGCAGCAGUAACAGCAGUAACAGCAGAGCUCACCAGUGGCAAGAAGGGCAGGAGUACGACAGCGGCAAUGGUGCCAGGGGCAGUAGCAGCAGCGGCGGCUGCUCCAGGGGCCAGGGUGCCGCGGCGGGCAGGGGCGGCGGCGGCUGACACGGCAGCGGCGGCGGCGGCUGCUGGUGUCGGCGGCGGCGGCGGCGGCUGCUGCUGUCGGCGGCGGCGGGUGCUGCUGUCAGUGGUGGCGGCGGCUGCUGCGGCCGGGGCAGGGGUAGUGGCGGCGGACACGGCAGUGGCGGCGGCGGCUACUGUCGGCGGCGGCGGCGGCUACUGUCGGCGGCGGCGGCUGCUGUCGGCUGCGGCGGCGGCGGCAGGUGCUGUCGGCAGCGGCGGCGGUGGCUGCGGCGGCCGGGGCAGGGGCGGCGGCGGCUGA